GCUGCCGGAUUCUUCGUAUGACCCUUCCAUAUCUGGUAUCUCUUUCAGCUUUAAAAGUCAAAAAGAGAUUCUUGAAUCCAAAUGAAACAAGAUUCUCCACCAACACGGCUUUUGUUGUGUUAUUGGUGGGAAGUGGCCAUGUCUUCCUACAAUGAAAAUGGGCUUGCUACCAGACACGAGGGAAAGUAUACCGCAAUUGUUGUAUGUUGGCUUUUAGGAAAUGGGUGCCUCUUUUCAUGGAACAGCAUAUUGAAAAUUGAAGAUUACCAUGCUGAAUUGUUCCCAAAGUAUCACCCUGCUAGAGUACUUACUCUUGUGUAUCAACCAUUUGCGCUUGGAACACUUGCGAUACUAGCAUACAAUGAGGCGAAGAUUAAUACCAGGCGGCGCAAUUUAACUGGAUAUGUUCUUUUCUUCAUCAGUUCGUUGUUAGUUCUUGUUUUGGAUUUGGCAACAUCUGGAAAAGGAGGGAUCGGAACCUAUAUUGGUUUAUGUGUCCUUAGUGGAGCUUUUGGAGUUGCAGAUGCUCAUGUGCAAGGGGGAAUGAUUGGCGAUCUGUCCUUCAUGACUCCGGAACUCAUCCAAUCAUUUUUGGCUGGUUUGGCUGCUUCUGGGGCUCUAACAUCUGCUUUGAGGUUAAUUACAAAGGCGGCAUUCGAAAGUUCCAAAGACGGUCUUCGGAAAGGAGCUAUGUUGUUCUUAGCAAUCUCAGCAUGCUUUGAGCUAUUAUGUGUUCUCCUUUAUGCAUACAUCUUUCCCAAACUGCCAAUUGUGAAAUACUAUCGCUCAAAAGCAGCUUCCGAAGGAUCUGCAACUGUUUCGGCUGACCUUGCUGCCGGUGGAAUCCAAAUGCAGCUUAAUUCAAGAGUAGAAGAAGAUCCGAAACAACUUGAGCGCCUAAGUAAUAGACAGCUGCUGUCACAAAACAUUGAUUAUGCAGCUGAUAUGUUUCUGAUAUAUGUGCUGACACUAUCGAUUUUUCCCGGGUUUUUAUCUGAGGAUACUGGCGACCACAACCUGGGUACUUGGUAAAUGAUAGCAUUCAAC